AUGGGCGAAUACGAGGAAAUUCAAUUACAGGAAUUGGAAGCAUUAGAGUCAAUGUAUCCAACAGAAAUUCAAAUUUUAUGCCGUGAUUAUCCCAAUAUUAAAAUUCAUGUGGAACUUUGUAUUGAUUCUUCAGAAUUUACCGACUUAUUUGGACGCGAAAUGGUCACAUUUACUGCCUCCCUUCCAGACUUAUAUCCAAUAAAGAAAGGCCCCAAAAUUGAUUUGACAGAAUUAACACCCCCAAAAGAUGAGGAUGAAAAUGAAAUUGAGGAAAAUGAAAAAAUUAAAUUAUUAAUAACUAAAGUUGGAAGAGAUUUGGAAAAAAUUAUAGAAGAAAAUUUGGGGGAGCCAAUGCUGUUUACGUUAAUUAAUGUAUUUCAGGAUUUAUUAAUUAAUGCUUGUACGACCCAUUCAGAAGAAUUAGCAAAUAUUGCUAGGGAAGAGCAGGAAAAGGCGGAGACUGAAGCUUUGGCUAAAUUCGAUGGAACUCGUGUAACAGUUGAAUCCUUUAAUAAAUGGCAAGAAGCAUUUUUGGAAGAAAUGAGAGUGAAAAAAGGGCAGGAAACCAAGGAAAUCCAAUCCGGAAAUCGUUUAACAGGAAAACAACAAUUUUUGGCUGACAAAUCCUUGGGAAUAUCAGAUUUACAAUUUUUGAAUAUGCCUGAACAAGAAGAUGUAAAAGAAGACAAUGAGGAAAGGGGAGGAGUUGCUGCUAUUGACCAGUCUCUUUUUGAGGACGAUUUGGAUAUAAGUGAUGAAGAGACUAGCGAUGAUGAAUAUGAACCUGAAGAUGAGGAUGAGAGUUGA